AUGGGUUUGCUUUCGCCUCUAUUGACGGGCUCUCGCGCCCUGUCUUUCCUGAACGAAGAGCCUCAAACCUCAGACAGCCAAGACCCAGCUCCGUCAAAGUUCAAGGUAAAACUCCGCUCGUGGAUGUGGCUGGCAGCCACUCAGUGUCAAGAUGGGGCAAUCCAGAGCAUCCUCCAACGUCUCGACGAAGAGCCCGCUCCGGUGAUACUCGAUAGGGAAGUGAUAAAAACAACAGGGAAGACUUUCUCGGAUGACCCUGAGGCAGGACCCAAGUCCAGUCGCCUGGUGGAUCUUGAAAAGGAGAUUGACGCGACACUUGGACCGGAGGGAGAAGGCAUGGAUGACGAUAUCGAGGUCUUGCGGAAAGCAGCAGCAAAUACGUAUCGAAACUUGUCUCCCCAAGAAAGGGUUGGACCUUUGUCAGAUGUCGAAGGUCGAUGCUCCAUCUUGUUCAUCGCCAUUUGCCGAGGGCACGACAACGAUGCGGAGUAUCUCCUCAGGAACCACAAGAUCGACCUCACAUUCCAAUCCUCCAAAAACAAACGUACAGCACUCUUCCAGGCGGUGGCUCAGAAGAAAGCCAACCUCGUAUCGCGGAUCCUCCAACAUCCUUUCAUGGCGCCCUCGCACUACAUCAACCUUGGAGACUCGAAGAUGUUUACAGUGUUGCAUCAAAUUUCGGGGAUGGCGAGUGAGCCUGUUGAAGACGGCGUUAUGCUAAGAAUUCUUGAUGCGAUACUUCAGUACGGACCAAAUGUCGACGCUCUGAAUGAUAGUCUGCAGACGCCACUGCAUCAACUGAUUGUGCAAGACAUUGGCAAAGAGUCAAAACGUUGCCUAGAACGGCUUCUCGACGCAGAUGCCGAGUUCAAUACCCAGGAUAACGAUGGAAACUCUCCGUUACAUGACGCAUGUAGGAAGCGGAAUCACACAGUCAUCCAGAUGCUCCUUGAGCGAGGAGCUGAGCUGGAUUGCCUUAACGACAACGAAGAGACACCCCGAGAACUGUUCAAGCGAGGUGGCAUGAGCGAAGAGGAUAAAAAGUUCUUUGCCGAGAAUCUUUCGUUUCUUCAAAAGGCACCCUUGAGACGCAAGACCGCUGGAAAUGUGCCUCAGAAGCCUGCCGAAUACUCUGAGGAUAUCAGGAGGAUUUGCGACAACUUUCCCGUCUAUUUCAGAUAUCAAUGGGCGGGACUCAAGCCGAAGCCUGAUGGAAGCACCUCGAUGUCUUGGACUCCCACGGGGAUCAAGGUGUCUCACGUUUUGUAUCGCAAGAAGAGCGACAGUAAGCGAUUGGAAGAUGAUUCUGCUCAAGAGGACUCAGAAAAAGAGAGCACCAACGACGGGUCUUCUAUCGAGGAGCCAGCAGACGGAGGCACAUCCUUUCUUGCAGAUUGCGAGGCCAAUUUUGCAUCAGAGGUCUGGGAGCGGUUAGUGAAGGAAGAUGCGGAUAUCAGCAUCGAGAAGACACCGGAAUCAUCACGAGAAGAGCGUAGCAAGCCUAAAGAAGAGAGUCAGCAAGAGAGGGGGCUGGAGGGCAGGAGGGAGGAGAGCAUUCGGGUUGAACUAACAGAGGAUCAGUUCAAGAAGAAUGUCAGAGAGAGCUCUUGGAGAUGGAUCAACUUCAACUCAAACAACAUGACUUGGAUCAAGGACUUUCUCAUCACCAACAUCAGGACCUCGGAUGGUGCCGAAGUUGAUGCCCAAGCCUGGCAAUUUUUCGAGAGCAACAUCAGAGUCCGAGAAACCAAUGACCCUUGCUCUCGGGUCAGGAAGCCACAUGCACGGGUCGCCGAGAAGCCAAGUCCCAAAGUGAAUCGGCCUGCAGGGGAGGAAAAGACGCCAGCAAAGUCGGAGAAGACUGCCAAGCCAUCACUUGGAUCGGAAAAGAGAAUAUCGUGGGCAAAUUCAGAAUGCUUCAUCAAGCCGAGUAGCAUGGUAUCGCUGGUGAUACCAUUUCUGGAUAUCGAGACCCUUCACGACCCAGAAACAGAAACAGACAAGGGGGAGAUACUUCGCAAAAGAUACGAACAGCUCGAGCGGACAUACUCCCCCUUCACUGGAAUGCUUGGAGCGCAACGACCACAGACACUCGACCAGACAGCCAACCACGUUGAGCAAAGAGACAACACGCUGCGCACCAAAGAUCAGCAAGUCGUAUACCGAUGGUUGAAAGACCGCAUCGACAAGACGAAUCAGAAAUCUCGAAAGGAGGUCCAAGUGGAAGAGAUACCGAAAUGGGCUUUUAUCAAGUGGUUGUGGUCCCGGAUGCAGAGAAAGGGGAAGACAAAAGUCCGCACGACUCUGGAAAAGGCAAAGAAGCCGGCGAACUUGGCAUUCUUGCCAGCUGACAAUGGACAUGUCGAGAGGCGCAACAAGAGAAGGGCAAACAAAGACAAGGCCAAGAAGAUCCAGCAGAAUCUCUCUCUGAGCUGGUUGAUGGUUCGUCAGUUGUGGCUUUGGAAGUUGGAUGACAAUACAAUCAUUACCGCAAUACCAGCUCGCAAGAAUGAGACGAUGGCAGAUGACCUAUUCGAGACGAUUCGCCAAGGCAACUUAGAUACCCUUCGGACACCAAGCGAUUUGAUUAAACGAAUCGUCUUUGAGGCGGUCACUUUGGUCAACGAGUUCAAGUGGGCUGGACUUGGUGAACAUGUUCUCGACAUCUUCGAGGGUCAAAUCGGCUAUGAGACGGACGAGGAGGCAAAGUUCUUCAAGAACUUUACAACAAGCGACUGGAGUCCUAGUGAAGUAAACACCAUCAUCCGCCAAGCCGCCGACUCUACUUGGAGGGUCAAGGACAUUCGAGACGAGCUCCGUCUCCUUCGCCAACUCUUUGAGACUCAGCUGAAAGUGGUUAAGGAUGUCGCAGAGAUCCUUUGGCCGUCUAGACUCCCAGGGCAGCCAACUCUGACGAAAGAUGUACGAAAAGUCUUGAGGGAGAGCUUUGUGCAUGACACCGGUCUUGAGACUUUGAUUCAGAGGACACAGCGGAUGGACAGGGAUGCGUCUACGACGCUUGAAGGGCUAAGCAACAUCAUCCAAGCGAUGCAAGCCCAAGCAUCCCUCAAAGAAGCCGAGGCUGCACGAUUCAUGAACUUUAUCAUCCUUCCAUUCACCAUCGUCACAGUCAUCUUUACUCCCCUCUCGUUCUUAACCAGUCUUUUUGCUAUCAACACAAGCGGGUUCCCACACAACGAUGAGGGAGAGUUAAGAUUAACUUCUGGAUGGCUUAGCUGGAGAAUGGUUGUCGGCGAGAUUAGCACACUCAUUCCAUUGGGCUUGUUGGUGUUGGUGAUUUACUACCACCAGACGGAGAAGAAGAAGAAGUCCAAAUAA